GUUUAGAUUUUACUGUGGUCGUUAUACACAAGAUAGUCAUAAGGCAGCACAUACUCAAUACAGUCACAUUUCUUUAAUAAGGACACUGCUGGGAUAGAUCAAUGAUCCCAUGAAAUGAAUGGCCCUAAUAACCAGUAUGGGGUUUUCACCCAGUAAUGGCCUCAGAGAGCAUAAAUGGACAUAAGAUUACAAGGAAUCAUGUAGAGACAAGGCGGGUGAGGUCAGGGACGGCCUUAGGGGUGAGUCACCCGGGAGACUGCCCAGGGGAGCCAUAGUCAGGCGGACGACUUGCAGCAGCACAAAGGUGCGCGCUGCCCAUGUAGUGUUGGAAGCUGCUCCCGGCUGGCAGGGGAGCGCGGGGGGGUGGGGGUGGGGUGGAGGUGUCCAGAUUUCUCCUUGCUUCCUCCCAGUGGAGGAACAUGGGGGGAGUGUGCAGUGACCCACAGAUACUCUCCCCUCAAUAUUCCUCCGCGCCCCCGUCGGGGCUGUGAGUGGGGAGCGGCAUCAGGGCUCCCUGCAUCCAGGUCACUUUCCCCACCUGGGCAUCGCUCUUCACUCCUCCCCCUCCCAGCCCCUAGGGGGACGUGGAGAAGCAGCAUUCGGGGGUGGGGGUGGUGGGGGAAGAGAGCAGCAAUACCAGCUGCUCCAUGCAUCCAGGUCACUUUCCCCACAGGAGAGGUGCAGGGGUUAGGGACACAGGGGGACACACUGCAGGGGUUAGGGGUUAAGGGCGUGGAGAGCCCACAGGGGCCAGGGGCAAUGGGGAGCACCCAUGAGAGCCAAGGACAAUGGGGGGCAGGAACACCUAAAAACAAGUGCGCACAGGGCACCAUUUUCCCUAAGGCCAGCCCAGGGUGAUGUAAUAUCUUUUAUUGGACCAAUUUCUGUUGGGGAAAGCUUGUCUCUCUCACCAACAGAAGUUGGUCCAAUAAAAGCUAUUACCUCACCUACCUUGCCUCUCUAAUAUCCUGGGACCAACACGGCUACAACAAUGCUGCAUACAAGAAAUCAUGCAGUAAUUUACCAAUACUGCAUUCAUGAGCACUUUCAGUGCAUGUCUGUGUAAAUAUUAAGAAUCAAGCUGCAUUGUACAAAAUAAUUCAUGUGUCUCAAAAUUUUAACAGUAACAAAUAGUUUCAUAACCUCUCUUAUGUAAGAGACUUUAAAAACUGCAAUUGCAAUUCCAUCUCAGGAGCACACAAUGAAGUUAAAUUAUCUUGCACAAGAUUUUAGAAGUGUCCCAAUAAAAUAGCUCUUAAAGCCUGUUAAAUGCAUUACUUGAAAUCUGCUCCUGGUCACGUGUUAAAAUUAAGUGGAUGUCCCUAUUGACUAUGGACCAAUGACACGUUGCCUAUUGUACUUCAAUAACCUCUGGUUAAUACAGUGUUUUACAAUGAAUCCAUCCUGAAAGCCUAUUUUUGUGCAUUAUAAUGUGUCUUGUUUGCAGUCUGGGCCACACUUCAAUGAGACACACCCUAAAAUGCAAGACUUGAGAAGUGACACCAGGGCACUCCGAGGGAAGAGGAGGAGCAAGUUUUGUGUUUGUAAAAUUCCGAAGCCUGCACUUCUCCAGCUCUGUCUUAUCGUUCAGGAGGAAAUCCUAUGGGAUAGCCCUGCAACAAAGCAAGCUGUCACUGUGGCAGUGCUGCUCACCAGGAUCCUGCCCAGAGCUUCCGCUUAUAUAGUGCCCCCCCAGAUGCACGCUGUUCUCAGGGCCAGACCGAGGAGUUUUGCUGCCCUGGAGAAACUGGCAAAUGUCGACCUCUACCACCUCCGAGUCACUCAGCCCUUACUGUUUUGCUGUAUUAGAUCACUGUCGGAAUGGGAGAACUUCCUGUACCUAAAACCACAAGCUCCAUUCAGAGGAGCAUUGCCCGAAAACUUUCUCAUGGGGAGUGGCCUUCUGAACAACACUCAGCUCCCAUCACUGCGGCCCUUUGUGCUUCAGGAGAGCAAGCAGGAGCGCAGUACGAAGUGCACCAUCCACAAAAGCACUCAUGAGGCUGGUGGUGCGCUGGAGAAAGACAGCGGCGAGGGGAAUCAUUGAAACAAGGAGAAACAAAGAGGGUGAGAUUCUUGCCCCCUGGCAAAAUUCCCAUGGACUGUAAUGGGUUCCGGAUUUCAUCCAUGAGGUUGAAAGCAAAACAGAAGAGAGAUACAACAACAAGACAUGAUUUUCACCGCAUCCAGAAACUAAAACAGCGCCCAACCCCACAACAGGCAAACUUCUCCAAGCCUUUGGAAUGCACGAAGUUCCAGAUCUUCUACAUACUUCAGGCACGGAACCACUUAUCAGCCACUCUGAACCUCAGCAAGUCAGGCCAUGAUUUGCCCCAUCUCUCACACACCCCCUGGCACAGAGAAAGGCUCCAGCAGGGUCUGGGCUGACACAGAAAACUUCCCAUAAACUGCUUCUAUUCCUAGUCCCUCUGGACAGCUGGAGGUCCCAACGUCCCUUCUCUCCGCGGCUAGGUGGCUCCCUUGCCCCCCAGCCAGUACCGUGAUGAUUCCUCCUGCCCGCCCUACUCAUGCAGCUGGGUGCCCUGCCCUGCCUCACCGCCAGCAGCCGGAUCCUUCCCUCACCCCCUGCUGGCUACCCCAAGUCUCGCUCUCCUCUCACCUCCCCAUAUUCUACGGGGGCCCGAACUCCGCGGCUAGGGACCCUACGCCCCUCUGCGCCCCUGCAAUCUGCCCCACCCGCUUCCAUUCAGCCCCCCGGCCGGGCUCUCCCUCUGGCUCUGCGACUGGUCGAGAUCCAACAGAGGGGCGUGGUCAGAGCGGAAUGUUGAGUCGGAGCGUUCCAGAACCGGACGGUCUUGUUCCGGCUGCCGCGCGCUGAUUGGCUGAGGGGCAGCGAGGAAUGCUGCGGUGCGUUCCAGGGCUGGGGGGUGCGGGCCGCGGGAAGCCGGAGCGCAGUAGCCUCGGCAGCGCCCGGGAGCGGGGAUCUGCGGAGUCCGCGAAGCCCCUGGCGGCGGCGGCGGCGGGACGGGUCGAGAGGCAGGGGAUCCGGCUGGGAAAGGCACAAGGGAGCACUUGGUGUCCCCAGUUCCCGAACCCCCUUUGCAGUAUCCUGUCCCUGGACACUAACAGAAAUUACCACGUCUGUUGUCUCAAAGAGACUGAAUGCACUGUUGACUCAGCUGAUGUUGCACACAAGAGUGAAUGAAGGAGAUGAUGGACCAUCUGGUUAACACUGAAAUUAACAGCCAACGCAUUGCUUCCGUGGAAAACUGCUUUGGAGCAUCUGGACAACCCUUAGCUGUGCCAGGAAGGGUCCUUUUGGGUGAAGGCAUUUUGACCAAAGAAUGCCGCAAGAAGCCUAAGCCUCGGGUAUUCUUUCUUUUCAAUGACAUCCUUGUGUAUGGGAGCAUAGUGAUAAACAAAAGGAAGUACAAUUCCCAGCACAUCAUACCUCUUGAAGAUGUCACCUUAGAGACACUGCCGGAUACCUUACAAAUGAAGAAUCGAUGGAUGAUUAAAACUUUGAAGAAGUCCUUUGUCGUUUCUGCAGCCUCGCUCACAGAAAGGAAAGAAUGGCUUAGUCACCUUGAGGAAUGCAUUAGGCAUCUGCUGACAAAGACAGGCAGGCAGCCCUCCAUGGAGCAUGCCGCCCCCUGGAUACCUGACAAGGCCACUGAUAUCUGCAUGCGCUGCACACAGACCAAGUUCUCCACGCUCACUCGCAGGCAUCACUGUCGGAAGUGUGGCUUCGUUGUGUGCGGGGACUGCUCCAGACAGAGGUUUCUGAUGCCACGCCUGUCCCCCAAGCCGCUGAGGGUCUGUAGCCUAUGCUACAGGCAGUUGAUGGCAGAAAAGAAGAAGGAAGCAGAAGGAGACCAGAAGCAGCCAGAGCAGAUUGACUCUUCCGUGACUGGUUAUGAACCAUCUAGUGGUGAUGACAGUGAUAAAUCCGAUGAUGACAAACUGGAACGGUGGCCAGCAGACGCAGAAUUUUAUGCCUCAGAAGUAUCUUGGUCAUCUUUCCAUAGCUGACCUUCUUACCCUUGGCUUAAAGCUUGAGGAGCCAAAUUCUGACCCACGCAUAGCCCUAAGUAUUUUCAGUGGUGAGCGUACAUUGGAGGGUGAAAUUUAGCCCCUCUUUAUCUUGUUUCCUUUCAUGAGUUUUCCUAAUUACUAGUUCUCUUAAAUCACUAGAGACUGAUUUAUUGUCAUAUUACACUCGCAUGGCCUACAUCAAGGCAGGGUGGUCUAGUGGGCAGAUUACUGGACUGGGAACCAGUAAACCAAGGUUGUGUUACGUGCUCUGCCAAUGGCCUGCUGGGUGACCAUAGGCAAGUCACUUCCCCUCUCUGUGCCCGUUUCCCUAUUUGUAAAACGGGGCUGCUAAUAACCUCUUUUGCUAAGAGCUUUGAGAUCUACUGAUCUCUGUACAAGAGCUAAGUAUUAUGGUUGUCUCCAAUAUACUACUCACCUGGGGUGGACCUUUUCGUUGGUAUUAGAGGCCCAUUGAUGGGGCAGCUUGUGCUGCACCUCCUCUGUAGGGAAGAGAGAACUUCUGCCUCCAAGGCUACGAGUUCUCAUGAGCACUGAAUACAUAUAAAAUGAUAGAACUAAAAUCCGAAGUACAUGGAAGCCUGGGCUGGUGCCCUUUGACCUCAGUACAGUAAGAUACUGAAAAAUAACCAGCAGGAGACCUGGGUUAGACUUUUAGACUGCCUUUUGCUCCCCAAGUUGCCUGAAGCUGGGAGCCCUGGGGAAAUGGUGAUCUCAGGAACGGGGAAGUCUUAUGUGGCUCUGGAGCAAACCCUGCUGACUUCUCACGAGCAUCAUUAGUACAGCACUGGAGAAGUCAUCCCUCUCAGCCAGAAAACAGCCUUUGUGAUGACAGAAGGUAAUGGGGGAGUUAAGGUUUAUCUUAGGGGUGAGGUGAGAAAGAGGCGGCUGACUCAACGCAGCAGACUCACCCCACGCAUAUAUAUUUACAGGUCUCAAAAUCAGUAACCCAGCCAGAUUUCUAUUCCACUGCCCCAGGGAUGGAAGAACCCCAGCCUGGUGGGUGAUGUAGCACACAGCGGUAGAGCUACGGCAAGAGGUGGUGAAGGGAUGGGUGGAUGGUCAAAACUAAGGUCAGAUUCUGAGGUGCUGAACAUACUCAAUGCCCAGUGACUCACUUGCUCGUUAAGGCCCCAAGCCUUUGCUGCAAACAUACUUGCAUAACUUCAAGCGUGAGCAGUCCUGCUGGCUUCAGAGUUAUCAACAUGUGAGCGUUUUCAGGUUCAGGGUAUAAAAGUAUGUGCUUAAUUUGAAUUGAACUUUGACAUUAAAGUUAAUCUCAAGUGAGAGACUGUCUAUUCAAAUAGUCUUUCAUCGUCUCAUGUGUAACUAAAACCAUUUACUAUCAGCGAAAAUUAGACAACAGCAAUUGUAUUGCAGCAAAUAACCGUACAACAAAAGCUCAGUUGCUACCUUUUUUGCGUAUUUUAUAUUGUGUAUUUUAUAGUCUCGAGCAAGAAUUUAGUUAAAAGUAAUUUUCAACAUAAUUUUUUCCUUACCAUAGUCCAGUCUAUCUAAACGCUGAAUUGCAUGCCAAAUGACCAGGUUGGGGUGUUUGAUUUUUUUUAAAAUUAGUUCAAAGUAAUUAUUCUCAUGGAUUUAAUUUUUUCCUUUUUUUAAUAUACUACCAGUGUCCAGCCAGUUUGUAGUAUUCAACCGAUUGUGAAUAAAGAUAUGGCCAAGGAGGGGGAAAAAAUUGA